AUGAAGAAGAAUUUUUUGAAGCAACAAGCCAAAAAUUCGACGGCCGACUUAUGCACGGAACUUGACCCAGUUACACUACGAAAGUUCAAACAGCGCGCUGAUCCAGUACGGGCUCAAUAUAUCUACAGGGCGUCAGCGGUGCUAGCUUGCCCUUGGAAAUAUAAACUUCUAAGAGGAACCCUCAAUCAUAUUCCUGAUUUGACCUUUUAUAAUCUGCGCGCUAGUGUGGCCAUGACUCGUGGUGGAGAAGGAGCACAGGGAAAAGAUGGGGUUGCACGCGCACAAAACCUGCGGCGCGAAGCAGGCGGCUCACAGCUGCCGACUGAUAUUGGUGUGUUGGCAGGUUCGCAAGAUGUU